AUGGAGGAGCCCGCGGCCUCUUGCUCCCGAGUGGAGCACCGCGCCGCAGUGGCCCGCGACCUGCUCCUGGCAGCACUGGAGGACCUGAGCCAGGAGCAGCUGAAGCGCUUCCGCCACAAGCUGCGGGACGCCAGUGGGGGCAGCCGCAGCAUCCCGUGGGGCCGUCUGGAGCGAGCUGACGCCUUGGACCUGGUCGAACGGUUGGUUGAAUUCUACGGGCCAGAGCCGGCGCUGGAGGUGGCCCGCAAGGCCCUGAAGCGGUCAGACGUGCGUGAUGUGGCCACUCGGCUCAAGGAGCAGCGGCUGCAGUGUCUCGGCCCGGGCCCCGAGGUGGAGCUCUCUGUGUCUGAAUACAAGAGGACAUACAGGGCACACGUGCUGCUGCUGCACGCCAAGGUGAAGGAGAGGAACGCCCGCUCUGUCAAGAUCACCAAGCGCUUCACCAAGCUCCUCAUCGCGCCCGAGAGCGCCGAGGCCGACGGCUACGCCGAGGCCGACGACCUGCGGCCGCCUGAGGAGCCCGUGCCCCGGCGUGCGCGCCGCUCCAAUACCGACACCUUCAACCGGCUGUUCGGCCGCGACGAGGAGGGCGAGAGGCCCCUGACCGUAGUGCUGCAGGGCCCGGCGGGCAUCGGCAAGACCAUGGCGGCCAAGAAGAUCCUGUACGACUGGGCGGCGGGCAAGCUGUACCACGGCCAGGUGGACUUCGCCUUCUUCCUGUGCUGCCACGAGCUGCUCGAGCAAGCCUGUGCGCGCAGCCUGGGCGACCUGGUCCUGGAGCAGUGCCCCGACCGCCGCGCGCCGGUGCGCCAGAUCCUGGCGCAGCCGGAGCGGUUGCUGUUCAUCCUGGACGGCGCGGACGAGCUCCUGGCGGCCGGGUCCGCCGAGGCUGCGCCCUGCAGUGACCCCUUCGAGGCGGUGAGCGGCGCGCGGCUGCUGGGGGCCCUGCUGAGCAAGGCUCUGCUGCCCUCGGCCCGCCUGCUGGUGACGACGCGUGCCGCCCUGCCCGCGCAGCUGCAGGGCCCCCUGCGCUCGCCGCAGUGCGCCGAGGUGCGGGGCUUCUCCGACAAGGACAAGAAGAAGUACUUCUACAAGUUCUUCCUGGACGAGCGCACGGCCGAGCGCGCCUACCGCUUCGUGAAGGAGAACGAGACGCUGUUCGCGCUGUGCUUCGUGCCCUUCGUGAGCUGGAUCGUGUGCUCCGUGCUGCGCCGCCAGCUGGAGCGCGGCCAGGACCUCUCGCGCACCUCCAAGACCACCACGUCCGUCUACCUGCUCUUCCUCAUCAGCCUGCUGAGCUCGGCGCCCCCCGCCAAGGAGGCCGGGCUGCAGGGCGAGCUGCGCAAGCUGUGCCGCCUGGCCCGGGAGGGCGUCCUGGGCCGCCGCGCACAGUUCACCGAGCAGGACCUGGCGCGCCAGGAGCUGCGCGGCUCCAACGUGCAGGGGCUGUUCCUCAGCCAGAAGGAGAUGCCGGGCUUGCUGGAGGCCGAGGUCGCCUACCAGUUCACCGACCACAGCUUCCAGGAGUUCUUCGCCGCGCUGUCUUACCUGCUGGAGGAGGACGCGAGCCCCGAGGUCCCGGCGGGCAGCGUCGAGGCGCUCCUACGCGGUGACACGGAGCUGCGCGGCCACCUGACGCUCACCACGCGCUUCCUUUUCGGGCUGCUGAGCGCGGAGCGCAUGGGCGACAUCGAGCGCUACUUCGGCUGCGUUGUCUCCAAGCGGGUGAAGCAAGACGCCUUGCAGUGGGUGCUGGGGCAGGGCCGCCCCCCGGCGACGCCCGAGGGCGCCGAGGGGCUGCAGGGGCCAGAGGAGCCCGAAGAGGAGCAGGAGGAGGAGGAGGAGGAGGAGGAGGAGGCCAACUAUCCGCUGGAGCUGCUGUACUGCCUCUAUGAGACGCAGGAGGCCGAGUUCGUGCGCCAGGCUCUGCACGGCCUGCCUGAGCUGACGCUGGAGCGCCUGCGCUUCAGCCGCAACGAUGUGGCGGUCCUGAGCUACUGCGUGCAGCACUGCCCGCGCGGCCAGGCCUUGCAGCUGCGGGGGUGCGGGCUGAACGUGGUGCGGGAGAAGAAGAGGAAGAGCCUGGUGAAGCGACUACAGAGCAGCCUGGGCGGCAGGAAUUCUCAAUCAGGCCAGAAACAACGGCAAGUCUCCCCGCUGAGGCCGCUAUGUGAGGCCAUGGUUGACCCGCACUGUGGUCUGAGCAGCCUGACGCUAUCCCAUUGCAAGCUCCCGGACUCAGUCUGCCGAGACCUGGCCGAGGCCCUACGGCUGGCCCCCGCCCUGACCGAGUUGGACCUCCAGCACAACAGUCUGAGCGACAUGGGCCUGAAGGUGCUGUGUGAGGGGCUGGCCUGGCCCAGGUGCCAAGUGCAGACGCUCAGGGUGCAGCAGCCCAGCCUCCAGAAAGGCCUGCAGUACGUGGUCAGCUUGCUCCAGCAGAGCCCAGCACUGGCCACACUGGACCUCCAUGGCUGCCAACUGCCAGAAGACACUGUGAAGUACCUGUGCGCCACCCUGCAGCACCCCGCAUGCAGCCUGCAGUCCCUCAGUCUGGCCUCCAUGGAGCUGAGUGAGGACUCCCUGCAGGAGCUGCGGGCUGUGAAGAGUGCAAAGCCAGGUCUGAUCAUCACACACGCUGGGCUGGACCACCUCCCAGAGCCCCUCAAGAGCGUCAGCAGUGCCUUCUGA